AUGGCUCCCACACCCCCGGCGGCGUCGCCCUCGGCGGCAACGACCUCGAGCACCGACUCCAAGCUAGAGGUGUGGAAGGACAUGCUCUACGAAAAGUUCCAAAAGGCCGGCGACGAGAACGAGCUCUUCACCCAGUACGACCUCCUCGACUUCGACGUCAUCCCGAACCGCGACACCGUCACCCUCCUGAAAUGCCUCCAGAGCCUCACAAACGACCGCCUCCUCGUCGCCGUCUCCUCCCAGACCGGCCUCGCCUGGCGAUGGCGCUCCGUCGAAGAUGCGGAAAAGUACAAGCUCUGCACAACAGACGAACAGCGCAUGGUCUACGGCGCAAUAGACGAAGCAGGCGGCGACGGAAUCUGGUCCAAAUCGAUCCAGAACCGCCUCAACAUGCACGACUCGGUCCUCAAAACCGCCCUCAAACAGCUCCAGGGCAAAGGGCUCAUCGCCCCCUUCAAAAACGUCGAGCACCCCAACAAGCGCAUGUUCAUCAAGGCCUCCAUGCGGCCCUCGGAACGCGCCACCGGCGGGCCCUGGUUCACCGACUCGGCCCUCGACGAGGCCUUUAUCGAAGAGCUCCAGCGCGUCAUCUUCGACUACGUCAAGCGCAAGAGCACCUACCACAGCACCGGCUCCUCCUCGGCCGCUGCCGCCGCCGCCCGCACCGCCGUGCCUAAGAAGGGCGUCCUCAAGGGCGGCCUGCCCGAUCCCAAGGGAAAGAAGCGCAGCGCGGGCGAGAUCUCGGGAGCCGACGGCGAGGGCGCCAAAAGCGCUGCGGCUGCCCCGGCCGUCCAGCCUCCCAAGAGGGAACCAACCUGCCUGCCCCUCCCCGCCGGCUUUAAAGAAUACCCCACCGUGCGCGAGAUCGCGCGCUUCAUCUCCCAGUCCGGCAUCACCAGCGACACGAUCCUCGGCGAGGAAGACAUGCAAAAGCUCAUUGACGUGCUCGUCUUUGACGGCCUCAUCGAGCCGAUCCGCGUGUCCGGCAGGCUGGGAUAUAGAGUCUGCCGCGCCCCGCGACAGAGCAACACGCCCUGGGCCGGACGCCAGGACGGCGGCCCCGACGAGGGCGGGCCGGAACCGUUUGUCAAUGGGUACACAGAGGCCCCUUGCGGGCGGUGUCCCGUGUUUGAGCUCUGCGAGGAGGGCGGCCCCGUGAGCGCGAGCAACUGCGUCUACUUUCAGCGGUGGCUGGGCCUGGAAUGA